UAGUUAAUGGAUAAUGUGACUGUAGUAACAUUUUUUACACUUUCAGGAUUAAAUUACACAGUGCAACACAAAUUCAUUCUCUUUACUCUGACUUUACUGUAUUACUUUAUAAUUUGGUUAGUGAAUGCAGUUGUCAUCAUAACUAUCCUUUUGGACAGAAAACUUCAUGAGGCUAUGUACAUUUUACUGUGUAAUCUGUGUAUUAAUGGACUUUAUGGGACAGCUGGCUUUUACCCCAAAUUCCUCAUGGAUCUUCUGUCUUCCUCUCAUGUCAUCUCUUAUGCUGAAUGCCUUCUGCAGAGUUUUGUGAUACACUCAUCAUCUGGAGGCGACUUAUCUGUCUUAGCUGUUAUGGCCUAUGAUAGAUAUGUGGCUAUAUGUCAACCAUUACAGUACCAUUGUGUUAUGACUACACAAAGAAUAUCUCUGCUAGUUGCCUUCUCUUGGCUUUUGCCUUUUUUUUGCAUGUUCAUUAACACAAUGACACUUUUCCAAUUAAAAUUAUGUGGCUCACACAUAUCUAAACUUUACUGUUCAAACUCACUAGUCGGUAAAUUAGCUUGCUCCAUAUCUAUGACAAACACUGGUGUUGCAUAUUUCAACAUUGCUAUUUACAUUGUCCAUUUUGUCUGUCUUAUGUUGUCGUAUGUGUACCUGCUCAGAACAUGUCGAACAUCCAAACAGGGCAGAAAGAAGUUUAUGCAAACGUGUGUGCCACAUUUAAUCUCUUUAUUGAACUUUGGCUUUGCUGUGCUUUUUGAUUUAAUGUACACACGAUUUGGUUUGAGAAUGUUAUCACAGAGCCUGCAAAACUUCAUGACAAUAGAAUUUCUAUUAAUUCCUCCACUUCUAAAUCCUCUGGUAUACGGGUUUAAAUUAACCAAAAUUCGAAACAAAAUCCUUGUUUUUUUUUUCAAGAACAGAAAUUAA